UUCUCUUUUCACCUGCAGGUUCAGAUGCACGCGUUAUAACGUGCUCCCGAGUAUAACGUCGAUUCUAUUAAAAUACCAAGAAUAAAUUUACCGAGUAACGAUAUAAUGCUGUGUACCGGGUUCGGGAAAAUCUAUUCCGAGCACCACGGUGAUGUGUGAAACCAAAUGGCGUUAUGUAUUUUCGCAGCAAAUAACUGGAACUGGAAAUAUCCCGUAUCGGUAAUCGCAUCGGAACCGCGUACCGGUGUCGUUCCCACGUAAAAUCGUAGAAACGCGUUACCGAAAUCCAAAACCCACCCGAAGCUUUUCGACGUGCGCGAUACCUCGUAGGACGUUCCACCCCCCGAGUCUCGUCCACCGAAAUCUCAAAUCGCAAAUAAUUAUUUAUCGCGACGAGAAAUUUAUCGUUACACGGAAUCCCCCGUAACGGAUUUUGAGCGGCGCGGAGAUGGUACACGGUGCGGCGGGUUUAUAUGCGAGUUAUUAUACAGCCUGGAGGCAAAUAACGAGUUGAGAUCAAGGCGGGGCUCUCUCUCGAGGCCUGUCUCUCCGCCUGACAAACAUAUUCAGCUACCACAUCCAACCAACCAGCUUAUAGGCACAAGUCCAACGCGUUGCUGCAGGUACACGCAUAACUCGAAUCUUAACGCGUGCACGUUCCCCGCGUCGUGCGAGAUACGAGGAUAUACCGUAAGGAUAUUGUAGAAAAAAAUGACGAGUCAUUGGUGGAAGGCGAUUCUCGGAUGGACCUCGUCGACGUUACUCGUGCUCCUGGUUCUACAAAAUUCAACGCCGACCUCGUACGCCUGUAACGAGGCGAUAUGCGCGAGUGUGGUCAGUAAAUGCAUGCUGACGGGGAGCUGCAAAUGCGAUUUAGUCACCUGUACCUGUUGCAAGGAGUGUUUCUCCUGUCUGAGUUAUCUCUACGACGAGUGUUGCUCCUGCGUUGAUCUGUGCCCGAAGCCGAACGUGACUGCGAAUCCAUUGAGCAAAAAAUCUCACGUCGAAGAUUUCAGUGAGCCGGUCCCCGGACUUUUUCAAGCCCUCACGUCGGACCCAGAUCCCCACGAGAGAUGGCUCACCUUCACCUUCCCGGUGGACUUUGACGUCUCCCUGUUCAGUCCGAAAAGAGAAAAGGAGGUCAAUUAUCACAUGCAAACCGUCGAGCAGGAGGUCCAGCCCAUGAAGCCUAACGUAAUGACGCUCAACUGCACGGUGGCUUACAUGGCGCAGUGCAAUUCAUGGAACAAGUGCAAGGCCUCUUGUCAAAGCAUGGGAGCGACGAGUUACAGGUGGUUUCACGACGGAUGCUGCGAGUGCAUCGGUGACACGUGUAUAAAUUACGGUAUUAACGAAUCGAGGUGUCCCCACUGCCCCCAGGCGAGGGAUCUCAGGGACGACCUGAAAAACCAAUACGACGAUUACGGAGAAGACGAACUUCUCGACGAAGACUUUGAUUAGAUACCAGUGAUGAGAGCGAUGAAACGAAAAGAAAAAAAGAAAAAGUUUCGAGCAAGAUUUCUGCGGAAAUUUCAAACUGAAGCUUAAAAAAUCCGGAUCCGAUCCGUGACCGAUAAUUACGUGAACGUGGGUGGUUUUAUCUGACAUUCCAUAUCGG